UAAACGCAGUGUCAAACCACACGCAGGAAUAUUAGAGGGCAGAUUGUUUUCAAGGGUUUACAUUCACUCUUUUUGUCUUGAUAUUGUUUAAAAUUUAUACAAACAGAAAGGAAAUGUCUGCUCAAGCAAUAACAGAAGAUGAAGAAGGCAAUGUGAUCCACAGAAAAACAGUUCCAAUUAAAGGUGUUAAUGUCCAACAUAAUGUCUUCAGUGACCUAAAGACCCCAAACCUGAAAAGGGAAUUCACCAAAAUCCAUAAAAAUACAUCAAAAAGGCCAAGCACUACCAUCAGUUCAUGUCGUAUAGAUGGUAUUGGAGCCUUAAGAAUGAUUGACACAAUCGACAGAGAGGGAGAUGCCUUUGCAGAUUCUACAUACGCUACAGCUGGGACUUACGCAUCUGUGCCUGAAAAUAAACCUGGCAAGAGGAUUCCUAAAGCUGGAGCUUUUGCAGAAGCUGGAGUUGGACGUGCCAAGGCAGAAUUCAGUAUGUUUGAAGCAGAAGCCAAGGGCCCCAAUGCAGCAGCAGGUGCUGAAGUCAGUGUUUUGGGAGCUUCUGCAAUAGCCAGAGCUGAGCUGGCAAGUGCCUCUGCAUCAGCAGGUCCUGUAGGUGUGAAGGUUGGGCUGGGAUUUGACACAGGGGCUUCUGUAGGAGUGAAUGGAAUUGAGGUAAAGUUCUUGGGAACCGGGUUCUCGAUUGGUCAAAAAACGAGUGUAAGUGUGCUUGGAAGUGAAGUGUCUUGCUCAGUCAUGUAACCAGCAUAAGUGAAAAGCGCACUUAAUAUAAUAGUAGUGUCUUGCUCAGUCAUGAAAAGUGCUGCUUGCCCAUUUAAUAAUAAACAAAGGUUUAAACAAAACAGAACACUUACUCAAAAUAAAAGGCAUGUUAGCCAAAACAGACAAACAAAACAGACAUAGAACAAACAAGUAUUGUGCUAGUCUAAACUAGCACGCACAGCAAUUGUUAUUUUAAGAUUGACUCUCGUUCCGCCCUUAACACAACAACACGACUCUGCGAAAGCUGCUCUUAUAGUGGUGGCUGAGGGAUUUAACUAGCUAUCAAUUAUCUUAUUAUCCCUCGGCCACAUUUCGCACAGGUUUAAUAAAUCUGUGUGACUGUCAGCUAAUUCAACAAUUACUAUCCGACAGUCACGCAUUCUCUUGAGAUGUCCUAUAACAAUAACAAAUAAUGGCGGACGAGUUUUCAAUUACCUGAGCACUCUCCUAGCCCCGUUCCUAUGACAACCAAGAGAUAAAUCUGAGGCCCAGGCCAGCU